AACGUUUGCAUCAUCCUUGUCUGUGGUUUCAGCGUUCGUCGUCAUCAAGGUUAAAAACCAGUUUGGGGAUGACUUCUGCUUUGAGUGCUCAUGAGGUUCUUAACAGUAAUGAUACUAUGUGUGAGAUUCUUCUCCUGCUUCCACCAGAAACAAUCUACAAGCUGAUUUUGGUAUCCAAGAGGUGGCUUCAGAUUAUAGCCAGCCCUUACUUCCGUCAUACUUACUUAGCCAAGUGGAACCCUAGCUUUGAACUCAUUGGCUUCCUCGUCUGUAGCUCAACGUACCUUGGAAGACGCGUAGAUGGAGCCCGUCGCCCUCGUGCUGAGCCAUCGCUUCCUUUACUCUCAACCAGCAGUAUUGGUGAUGAAAUUGAAUCCUCUGGCAUUCUGAAAAAGCUUGGAUACUACAUCGACUCUUCAGACGGUCUUUUACUUUGUGGCCGCCAUCCAAAAGCUUACUACUUGUGGGAUCCAAGUACACAGAAGCAGCAGCAACUUCCACGUCCCAGAGUUCAUUUCGAAGAACUUUGUAUGUCUUUGAUUACUGAGGAUUGUCCUGAUAAAGGGUUUAGCUACAAGGUGAUCCGGGCAGAGUGUGUAGGCUUUAUUGCUCAAAGUACAAAGUUGAAGGUAGAGACUUUUUCCUCGAAAACUUCUACGUGGAGCUACUCAGAGCUUAGUUGUCCUGAGCCUAUAUCUCUCAGUCCGUGGACUCUUGGUAGAGUGAUCAAAGGUGUUGUUUACUGGCAUGCCAGAGGCGGUAAAGUUGCCAUCUAUGACUCAAACAGUGAGGAGAAACGGGUCGAUUUGAUAAAGCUUCCGAAAACAUAUGACUAUGAUGAACAGGUUCUGGGCGAAACCACUGAUGUGUUACAAUACGGAUGGAGCAAUAAGUCGGUAAUGGAGGUAUGGAAGCUUGAAAAGGUAAACGAUGUGCUUCAGUGGAACAUUCUGUUUAAGCUGAAUUUCAAGGCGAUGUGGAAAAUGAACACAGUGGAAGCUACAAGAUUCAGCGUUCGGACUAAAGAAACGCAGCUGCUUGCGUUCCUCAAUCAGAAGUCGGACUCGGUUUUCAUCAGAUGUGAAGCCCACAUCUUCAUCUAUGACACAGAGACUAAAAGGGUCGAAGUAGUUCAGUACCAAGGACGAAAAUCGGCAUUCAUUUGGGAUUACUGCAAAGUCGUGCCUUACUUUCGACGUACCUGGCCUUCUUCUCCUCUGUUUGAUAACAAUGUCAUGAUGAUCGACACUCCUCAAUGCAACGCCUCUUCUGCAGGAAGUGACUAAGUAGUUUAUGCUAUUAAUCAGUUUUUGUGUAGUCCAUUGAACUAUCGUUUAUGUUUUGCGGCUAAAGUUUUUGGUUUGACCAUCGAUGAACCUCUCAUGGAUUUGAUGUAUAUCUCAUGGUUGUCGUUAAAGGUCAUUGAACUCUACCGUUUGCGUUUUCCUU